AUGACGGAACAGCAAAUGGAUUGUGCUCUAGACCUAAUGCGGCGGCUUCCGCCACAACAGAUCGAGAAAAACUUGACCGAUUUGAUCGACCUAGUUCCGAGUUUAUGCGAAGAUUUGUUGUCUUCAGUAGACCAGCCGUUAAAGAUUGCUCAAGACCGUAGUAAUGGGAAAGAUUACUUACUGUGUGACUAUAAUCGUGAUGGUGAUUCCUACAGAUCACCGUGGUCAAAUGCUUAUGAUCCACCAUUGGAAGAUGGAUCAAUGCCCUCUGAGAGAUUGAGGAAACUAGAGAUAGAGGCAAAUCAUGCUUUUGAUCAAUAUAGAGAGAUGUACUUUGAAGGCGGUGUUAGCUCUGUUUACUUGUGGGACAUGGAUCAUGGUUUUGCAGGUGUGAUUCUAAUAAAAAAAGCUGGUGAUGGUUCUCAGAAAAUAAAGGGAUGUUGGGAUUCUAUUCAUGUUGUUGAGGUCUUAGAAAAGAGUUCAGGCCGCAAUGCCCAUUACAAAUUAACUUCGACGGCUAUGCUCUGGCUGCAAACCAAUAAAGAAGGCAGUGGAACUAUGAACCUAGGCGGUAGUCUUACAAGACAGGCGGAGCAAGAUACAGCUGUGAGUGAUGUAACACCACACAUAGCAAACAUUGGCCGCAUGGUUGAAGACAUGGAAAAUAAAAUCAGAAAUACAUUGAAUGAUAUCUAUUUUGGUAAGACUAAGGAUAUAGUGAAUGGUCUCCGCUCAACUGUGCCAGCUAAUGAGAAUGAAGAUGGUUUGGAUAUUAUGAGUUAA